UUGAAAACACCCCCCCCAUAUUUUAUUUGAAUUGGUCGUCUCUUUCCUUUGGGAGCCCCUUUUCCAAAACCCUAACAGAGAUUUCGAUUUCCAAUAGCCAUGGCAGAAGAAGCAGCUUACAUCCCGUACGUUCACUCCCAAACCCUAAAUUCCCACGGUCACGCCCUAUCCUCCGUUAAAUUCUCCUCCGAUGGCCGCCUCCUGGCUUCGGCCUCCGGGGACCAGACGAUCCGCACUUACGCCAUCAACCUCAAGGGAGAUCCCAUCGCCGAGCCCGCACAAGUCUUCACGGGCCACGACUCCGGCAUCUCCGACGUGGCCUUCUCGACAGACGCGAGGUUCAUCGCCUCAGCUUCCGAUGACAAAACCCUAAAGCUGUGGGACGUAGAGACUGGUUCACUGAUCAAAACGCUUCACGGGCACACUAACUACGUCUUCUGCGUCAACUUCAACCCACAGUCAAACAUGAUUGCAUCCGGCUCCUUCGACGAAACUGUUCGGAUCUGGGAUGUAACGACCGGAAAGUGCCUGAAAGUUCUUCCGGCGCAUUCCGAUCCAGUCACCGCCGUGGAUUUCAAUCGCGACGGGUCUCUUAUCGUUUCGAGUAGCUACGAUGGGUUGUGCCGGAUAUGGGAUUCAGGGACGGGGCAUUGUGUGAAAACGCUGAUGGACGAUGAGAAUCCUCCUGUUUCCUUCGUUAGGUUCUCUCCCAACGGCAAGUUCAUCCUCGUUGGCACUCUCGAUAACACCCUGAGGUUGUGGAACAUUUCUUCUGCUAAAUACAUCAAAACAUACACUGGCCACGCCAACUCUCAGUACUCCGUCUCCUCUGCGUUCUCCGUCACAAAUGGAAAGCGAAUAGUCAGUGGAUCCGAGGACAAUUGUGUAUACAUGUGGGAGCUGAACUCCAGGAAAUUGCUUCAGAAACUUGAGGGUCAUACUGAGCCUGUCAUGAGCGUGGCUUGCCACCCCACAGAGAACUUGAUCGCAUCAGGCUCGCUCGACAAGUCUAUAAGAAUUUGGGCACAGGAGAAUUAAUGAUUCAUGUAAAUGCACCUUCCCUUCAUGUUGUAAUCAUGUAGUGCUCACUUUCUUAGUUGAGCCUUGUUAGAAUGAUUCUACUCUCGACUAUUUAGGUUUGUCUUAUGGCAAAGCAAAUUUAUUUGGAAAGUGAGCACAGAUCUUCUUA